GCAGGGAACUUCUUAUCCGCCUUCAAUUUCACCCCGGAUGAGCCGCCUGUUCGGCUCUAUGGUGGCUACGCAUCUUCCAACUUCAAGGCAGUUGGUCGGAAAGCUGGCGAAGGUGAAAGACAGACCCUUCUCUUGAAGGUCAACUAUGGUGGCCUCAACAAAGAGGACAUUGAGCACCAGCUGUUCGUGAUGAACCAUUUGAGGACUGUUGAAUUCCCGACGAACUAUCCACACCCUUCUGCUUCUGGCUCCCUGAUGGUGGAACAGAUUGGAAGGAGUGCAAUUCUUUUGGACUUUAUUCAGGGCAAGCCGGGGGACAAAGUCUUAGCUGAUGACGAGGCCAAGGCGCCGAAGCUCAUCAGUGAGCUCUCGGCUGCGUUGGCAAAGCUUCAUCAGGUCAAAUGGCCAGACAGAAAGCUUCGCCGGAAUCUCACCGAAACGAAGUCCGAAACUGGAGCUCUGAAGCUCCGCCACUGA